AUGUCUCUCUUUGAAACGUUGACCGGUCCAGGAAUCCAUCCGGUUUCUGAAUCUUCUUCUAAACCUACAUUCACCUUCACAGCGGCAACGCGUCAAAUCUCACAUCUAGCAGAUGUCUUCCAAGCGGUGUCUUCGAUAAAUAAUCAAGCAUUGAUGAUGAUCUCGCCCCGGGGAAUCUCCAUCUAUUCCGAGCUGAACCAUGUAAUGAAUGCCCAUCUGACCAUAGACCCUUCAUUGUUCAGUACCUAUAAUUUUUACUCUGAAGACACUUGUAACAACACACAGGAUUCUCAUCCAAUCAGUGAGGAACUUCGAUUUGGUAUUGAUUUAAAAUUAAUUAGUGAUAGUUUCAAUUCAGUUCCCACUCCUAACGUUGGCACUACCAUCAUCAGAAAGAAGAGAAGUUCUUCCAAUCGUAAUAAUAGUAAUAUUGGUAAUCAUCCAGAUGAUGAAGAAGAGGAGGAAAGUCCUGGUGGUGGUGGUGAUGGAAGCAUAUCCGGGGACGUCACGUGCUACAUCACGUACAACGGCGAUGGUACACCAUUAAUUAUAGAGUUUGAAGAUGCAUUUAUUAGUGAAAAGAUUGAGUUUCUAACGUUCUACACCGACUUGAAGUCUCCUUAUGAUGACGAGAACAUGGACGACGUAGAUGAAGAUGUCAAUGUAGGACUCACAAUCAAUCGUGAGGAAGUGGAAUUUGAUCUUAUAUUGAAAAGUGACGUUUUGGCCAAUUUAUUGAAAGAUCUUCAACAAAUAGCCACAGUGGACUUGUAUAUGUAUGUAUCGAACGAGAUAUCAACGUUGGGGGAGAGUAAAAAGAGGAAAAAAUCGAGGAAUAAACAACAAUCACUGCCACGUAGAGGUCCUCAAUUUAUUCGUAAUGAAGUAAAUUUCAUCUCCAAGGGACCCAUUGGACACCUGAAGUUAAUAUUCCCCAAUGAAAAAACCAUUCUUGAGAAAAUCUCUGUUUAUGAACAAGGUUUACAAACGGAUGAAGGACGGUCAACGACCACCAUGAUCCCAGCAAAUAAGGCCAUUGUUGCCUGUUAUAACUUUGCCAAUUUCAACAAAAUCUUCCGAUCAGUACGUCUUUCAAGUAAAUGUAAGAUCAGUAAAGAUCUUUCAGGGACUCUAUCGGUGCAACUUCUUUGUAAAAAUUCAAGACUCCCAGGGUAUCUGGGCACCCUUAUCAUGUUUAAUAUGUUGGGACUUUCUUCAAUAAGUGAGAAUUAUGCGCUAGAACAUUAUAAGGAAGAACAAGUGGAGAAAACCAAAGAUGAACCACUCACUAUCAACAAUAUAUUUGAUGAUGAAGCAUAUGAGUACCGCUCGAAUUCAACCACAAUGGUUUCCGAGGAUAUAUCGACGGGACUUAUCGAUGAGUAUGAAGUUUUGGGUGGGAAUGACCUGACUUCUGAACCAAUGGUUCAAGUAGAUACCACGAUCACUGCAUCGGAAAGAAGAGGCAGAGACAUGGAAAAUAUCGAGGAAAGGGGUGCAUUGGUAGAGAUACCUUUAUUUUUGUAG